UUUCAGAUAAACUUUCAAACAUGUCUGCUAAACAGCCAACUCUGCUCGAUCUGCCUAUAGCAGUUGCGAAUCACGUUCUUGAGAAGCUAAAACUCAAUGAAUUGUGGACCUGCCGAAAAGUUUGUCGAAGUUUACGGACCGCUGUUGAUAACUUCGGAGCUCAAUUUACCGAUCUCUCAGUUGUCUUGGAUGAAGACAGCGUUAGGAUACAACUCGACCGAAUUGAAAUUAUCUACCGUAAUUGUUCACUUCUUAGUGGAUCAUCUGUGUGGUGCAAUAAUGAAUGGAAAUAUUUAGAGGGAGAAAACUGUUUGAAGUUGGCUUUCAAUGACUUGAAGAUACUUCUGAAGCAUGCAUCUUGUCUAUAUAUUAUAUCCUAUUUGAAUGACCAAGAUAGAGAACACGCUGUCAAUUCUCUAGUUGACGUCUUGAAAAAGGAAGUGGAUAUCCACAUGAAAACGAUAUCUUUGCAUCGUGACUUAUCAAUCGACGAUAUUGUAUUAAUCCUUCCGUUAUUCAAUAGUCAAACAUUGAGAAAACUUUGGAUAAGAGGAAUCUUUCCAGCUCAUGACUUUGAGAGAAUAACUCAUUUGGAUCAGUGGAAAAAGGCGAAAAAAUUCAAGUUAUGGGAAACCUCGUGGGAAUGUUUGCCUAUCGAAUAUUUCUUCCAUUUUGAGAAGUUUCGUAUUGAUAUUGUCAAGAAUCAUGAUAUUCCAAUACAAAGUGUGAUUAAAAUUCGAGAUGAUUUGCUGCAAAGAAGUACGUUCCGGAAAUGCGUAAUUUCGGUUAUAAACGUAAAUUUUAACCCUGAACUUGCAAGAAUAUUUCAACCGGACUAUGCUGGUUGCGAUGAAUUCACCAUGGAGUAUUCAACCGGGAAAUCCAAAUUUGAAAUUUAUUAUGGAAUUUACGAAUUUAUGAACAUGUGGCAGUUAAGAAUCAAAAGAUGCUAACUAAUUUUGUUUCGUAUUAUUUUCGGUUGUCAUUUUUAUAUUUUUCUGUGUAUGAAACAUCCACAAUGAUUUCUGGAAAAU